GUCACCUACCUGCUGUAUCUGGUUUGGGUGCAGCACAAAAGCCGCUCGUAUCUCAGUACAUUGGGUCGCCGCACUGUGACAGGAUCAGAACCAGCCAUGUCUAAGCUUCUCAUAGCCUUCCAAAGAACCAUUGAAACGUUCACCAGCCACUGCGCCCAGAGCUCCCCCUGUGACUCACUGAGCCCUGAGGAGUUCAAGAACCUGGUCCAGAAGGAGCUUGCAGAUCUUGCUAAGGGUUCCAAUCACCCUGAAAUUAUCGAGUUGAUUCUACAAUCUACACAGCGGGAGCAGCGAGUGGAUUUCAAAGAGUUUUUGGUUAUUCUUAAAAAUGCAGCAGUGGUUUAUUAUGAAUCUGUGAAAUCCAAUAAAGGGCUGUCUCUGUUUGAGGCCCCAAAAGAAAACUCAGAAGCAACUGAACAAGGGUCCCAAUCAGCCAUGGCCAACCUUCUCGCAGCCGUCCAAGGGUCCAUUGAGACCUUCACCAUCUACAGCAGCCAGAGCUCUCCGGAGGACACGCUGAGCCCUGAGGAGUUCCAGAACCUGAUCCAGAAUGAGUUUGUGGAAAUUCUUAAGGAUUCCAACCACCCUAAAGCCAAGGAGAUACUUCUACAAUACAAGAACACAAACAACCAGAAGCCAAUGGAGAUUGUAGAGUUUUUGGACUUUCUUAGAAACAUAGCAGGCGCCUUUUAUGAUGAUAUCAAAUCCAGUAAACCUCAAGAUCCAAACUAAGAUCCCACUCAGAUUCAGAACCAACCCACAAACCAAGAUCCCACUCAGAUUCAGAACCAACCCACAAACUAAGAUCCCACUCAGAUUCAGAACCAACCCACAAACUAAGAUCACACUCAGAUUCAGAACCAACCCACAAACCAAGAUCCCACUCAGAUUCAGAACCAACCCACAAACUAAGAUCCCACUCAGAUUCAGAACCAACCCACAAACCAAGAUCCCACUCACAAUCAGGACCAACCCACAAACUCACACUGGACCCACAAUGGGACACUUGUAAUGAAUAUUGAUAUGGUGCCAUUUUCUUUCCUGUCUUUGUACUUUUGAUUUCUUUCUUUGGGACUCUGGUGCUGGGGGUGUUGGCACUCGGGGGCACGGGGGUGUUGGCACGGAUAGGUGGGCGUCCGUAAGUGUUCUGAGCCCAUGUAUCUCAUUAAUAAUAAUAAUAAGUGGUGAGCAAA